AUGGAAACUAAUGUAUAUAAUCCGAUUCCGGUUGAAUUUUAUAAUGAAAUUUUUAGUAAUUUUAAAAGAGAUAUAAAAACAUUACAUUCUUGUUUAUUCGUCAAUCGAUUUUUUAGUCGUUUGGCAAUACCUUUGCUAUGGAGCACCCCUUUUGAGCAUAUAGAUUUGGAUAAUCCUAAAGCACCACUCAUAAUAAGCACAUAUAUAAGUUCUUUAGUGGAUGAAGAUAAAUCUUAUUUAAACGUCUCCGGAAUUCCAGUUGGAUCACCUGCUACCCCAUUUUUUCCUUAUCCUGAAUACUUGACAAGUUUUAACUCGCGAGCAUUUCAAAUUUUGGUGGAUAAAUGGUUGCAAUUAAUUGAUCCAUUGAAUUACUCGACGAAUUACAAGUAUAAAUUAGAAUAUGCAAAGUAUAUUAUUAGCAAUUUAUUAUUUGGAUCGACCACGAUGUUAAAAUCGUUGAGGUAUUUUAGACUUAAUUCAAACGAUGAGAUGGUUUUUAUUAAACAUAAAGAAUUUGCUUAUUCUAUUUCUAAUUUGGUGAACUUUGAGAUUGAUUAUUAUUAUGUUGAAGGAAGUAAUUCUUACAAUCAAAAGGAGGAAAAGAAAUUACAUGAUUUAUUCGAUAAUUUAUCGUAUUAUACCUCUUCAAUUAGAUACAUCACGAUCAAUAUUUCGACUCCUUAUGAUGUUCCUUUUACCAAACGUGUUAUUAAUAGUAUCGUUAAUUUUGUAACACAUCAAUUCAGCCUAAAAGCGUUGUCGUUUAAUGAAUCUUUAAUUUCUGCAAAUUUAAGUGAGUUUGAGGAAAUUAUUAAUUCACAAGCGACAACUUUAAAGUACUUGAAAAUUGGAGGAAAGAUGAAGAAUCUUGCAAGAAUCCUAAGGGUGUUGAGGAAUUGUGUUAAUUUGGAAUUGUUGGAGUUUAUUGCAGAAGAAGUGAUCAUUGGAGAUGACAUGCACGUUGAUGCUUGGAAUUAUAUUGGGGAUUUUGGGAGAAGGAUUGACGAAGAGAUUGCCAAGGGGGGGGAUUUGUCUGUUAUUAGAGAAUUUGAAUUCAAUCAAUUGAAAAUCAAGAGCAUUUACUGUAUUGAAGAUUGUGUGGUCAUCGAUAAUAUUGUUGCGCUCGGUCUUGAGAAAACACUUAUGAUGACAAACAUUAAUUUACGAACAUUGAAUUUGGGAAAGAUCAAUUCGAGCAUAAUUACGUCGUUAGGCAAAUAUUGUUAUAAUUUAACACAUUUAUCAUGUGAAUUACUACUCGACGACUUUUACUUAUUUAUUAAGUUAUUGGAAGUACUUAGGGAAUUAAAACAUCUUAAAAUGAAAUUAAAAUUAUCAUCUUUUAUAAAUGAUAAUUAUAUAGUAGCAUUCGCCAAUUCAUUAUCUAAUUCGUUAUCGAAGUUAGGUUUAGAUAUUUAUUACGAAAGAAAUAAUGUUUUUGGUUUAAAUAUUUAUAACGAUCAUAAUGAAAGAAAUAAUGAAUUCAUAUCUUAUUUCUUAAGGGUAUUGUUGGAAAAUUUAGAAUGUAACAAUUUAAUGGAAUUGGAUUUUUAUAAUAAUCAAUUGAUUAGGGAUGAUAAUUUAAAGCUUGUUUUACAAUUUGCUUUGAAUAGAAAUGAAGGGAGUGGUGAUGAUGGAAAAUUUAAAUUGUUUAGAUACUUUAGAAAAAAUUUUGACGUGGAUUUUGAUCAAAUGUUACUACAACAAGGAAAAGAAAUUAUACAAAUCGAAUACGGAGAAAUAUCGGAUUUUUAUCGUCCAUUCCACGAACCUUUGUAUUAUUAUGAGUGA